UGGAUCCCCUGCGGAGUCAGUAUGCACCUCUUCCGACCGAAUUGCCGAGAUGCGUCGACGGGAAUAUACGCGAGAAAUAUAACUGACUGUAACCAGCGCGGAGAGGGGAAACAUAUGUUUUCCCUCUCCGCGAAAUAGAACGACGAAAGAUAUAAUCACUGUAAUCCUAAAGUUCUCAGUAAAAAACAAUAAUUUUUUGUAGACACGCUUGCGACGAUUUCUCCUGAAUCAGAUGGAAUAGAGCUGCAUCAUUGUCAGAAUUCGUGUCGAUUCCUCCGGUCGUGGAGCAAGGGGAGCCAAGGUCUAACUAUAAAGCACAAGUGGCAAGAGUCACUCGAGCAGGGCUGCAGGCCGGCGGAUCAGUUUGCUCGCUUGGCUCGCGUCGGGGAUUCUCGUCCGACCAGGCGGUGCCCUCACUGGAAACCACGGGGAUUCUCGUCCGACCAGGCCGGUGCCCUCACUGGAAACCACGGGUAGUAGAAGAAUGAGGGAGGUCGGAUCCACGUCUGGACGUUUGUCACCAAUGUCGGAUGCGAGCUCACAGUAGCAAACUGCAGUCAGCGUGCGUCUGGAAUGUCUGUUCUGUCAGCGGUUCUUUGAUGUUCGCAUGAAAUCUGGACAAGAUCUCACUGGGCAGCCAAAAACACUUCGAAUCACCAAAAAGCCAAUUCUCUCGGGAGAAGGAGAUAUGGAAACAUGGCGGGCAGAUGAUGCGCAAACGCAUCUUCUGAGCGUCACAGACGGUGACACUAUCUACGACAUUGCGAGGGACAGGUACAGAGAGAGAAAAUGGAGGAAGGUCCUGAUUGGUGAUUAUGAUUGGGGAUUUCUUUGCACUCCGAGUCUUCCGUGGGGCGCGCGGAGGAGUCCGCCCCCAUUUUUCGAGAAAGAUGAGAAGAUCUCUCUUCUUCUGGCUCUUGUCAUGGGACUCCAACAUGCCCUCGCCAUGGUUGCAGGGGUCGUAACAACACCCGUAAUCUUGUCAUCGUUACACAAUGGUAACUUCACUCCUGGGGAACAGCAGUAUGUGGUUUCAGCCGCGAUGAUCGUAUCAGGAUUGGCGUCGUUUAUCCAAAUGACUCAAUUCAGAAUACCAUACACUAAUUAUGUGAUCGGAUCAGGGAUGCUGUCGGUUAUGGGAGUGACGUUCGCAUAUUUGCCUGUGGCUCUUCAGACUAUAGCAACUUUACGAACGUGCAGCUGUGAUGGUGUUUCUUGCUUCAAAGGAGACUCUUGUGAUUUAUGCACUGGAAACCUAUCAGGUGACUGUCUGACAGGACAAGAAGCUUACGGACGUGUACUUGGCAGUAUUCUUGUAACUAGCUGGUUUCAGAUUGCCCUAUCAUUCUGCCCAAAGAAGUUUUUGAAGAAGGUCUUUCCUCCUGUUGUCACUGGUUCGACGAUCAUCCUUAUUGGUGCUUCUCUGAUUACAUCGGGGUUCAGUCAAUGGGGAGGAGGUACCACUUGUGCAAACCAGGUUUUGACAUCCAAGACUCCUUGUGAUGGUAAUGGCGAAGUUGAGCUUCCUUUCGGGGACAGGCACUACAUCGAGCUGGGUCUCGUCGUAGUUGCAACUCUUAUCAUAGUUGAGAUUUUUGGUUCUCCAAUUUUACGAAAUACGCAGGUAAUCGUUGGCCUUGUCGUGGGAAUGGCUGUUGCUUCAUCUGUACAUGUAACUAAGUGUGAGGGGACCAAGUGCAGCAAGUACCGGUUCGUGACAUUUGAUAAGAUCCCUGAAGCUCCCUGGAUCACCUUUUUGUGGAGAUAUACAUUUCCUUUGGGUAUAUAUCCACCAGCUUUGCUGCCCAUGCUAUUAGCAGGCAUUACCUCAAUGGUGGAGACCAUAGGAGAUGUCUCUGCAACAUAUGAGGCCAGCCAUCUUCACCCUUCUGGGACUGAAUAUGAGAAGUCCCUGCAAGGAGGUGUGCUAGCUGAUGGAAUCAACUCGGUUUGGGCUUCAUUGGCCACCACGCUUCCAGUGGUUACAUACGCGCAGAACAACGGGGUCAUCUCCCUUUCCGGAUGUGCUUCACGGAGGGCCGGUUAUGGGUGCUGUUUCUGGAUGAUAUUAUUCGGAACUUGUGCCAAGUUUGCUGCCCUGAUACUUAGUAUUCCGAACUGCAUUCUGGGAGCAAUGACAACGUUUCUCUUUUCAGGUGUCAUGGUUUCUGGGAUAAAAUUGUUGAGCCCGCCAAAGGGUCUUUCAAGAAGAGACAGAUUUAUUGUAACAAUGGCGCUCGGUGUAGGUCUUGGGGUGAAUCUUGUUCCCGCAUGGGUGAAUAUUUCUGGACAAUCGAACUACCCCAAUGAAGGCAACUUAUGGCCAGUCGACAAAAGUUGGAGCAAGGAAUAUAGAGGAUUUCGUGAUGCCGUAAUCCAAGUGCUGUCAAAUGGGUUUUCUUCCGGCGGACUCGUAGCAGUGGUUCUCAAUCUCGUAAUACCAACGGACGAAGACGAUAUAACGAAUCUUCCUAGGGCAUGACAAUCUGAGAAUCUAGCAUGCGGUCGGGGCUCUUCACAACGCCUCUGCUUUCAGAACCGAUGAUGAAUAUACAAGAGCCUUUCAUGAGGCACCAGCUUAGCGAGUUUGCCAAGAUCACAUGCGCUUUCAAGAGCAGAACUCAGGCAGAGGAGUUUGUCAAUGCAGUCGUAAGCGGCUGCUCACAGUGUUGGAGAAAUCUCAAACGUGAGAGAAGUAGGAACGUCCAAUGAGCAUGUGCGAAGGUUGUUCUGCUACAAGGAUGCUACAAAUGGGUCCGGGCCUAGACGAGUUACAGCAUACUGCCAUUCUUUCCAGGCUCUUCAAGCCGUAGAGCAUCAUCUGACACAGUUAUGUGGAUAUGUUGCAGUCCUUCGGGAACUGCUCUUUCCUUGUAAAGCGCCAGCAUGUACUCGCAUAUCUCAGGUUCGCAAAGAAAAGGCCUUGCCCAGAACCUUUUUUUAGAUCCGGGAUUUUUCAUAGCCCAGCGAGGUCGAUACUCACGUAUUCUACUGCCUAACCUAAUUUCUUCCCUGUCCAAGCAGAGACAUCGAGCCUUCAGUUUAUUCAAAUUGUAAAUGGUAAUGUAGAUUCAAUUUUUUCAAGUUGUAAAUGGUUAUCUAGAUUCAGUUUAUUCACAUUGUAAAUGAUAAUAUAGUAUCAGUUUAUUCAAGCUGUAAGUGGUAAUAUAGAUUCAGUUUAUUCAAAUUGUAAAUUGUAAUAUAGAUCAAGGGUUUAUGUAGAAAACAUUUCCCGCAUAUUGGACGUCAGAUAUUCCGAUAGUUUUUUCCUCAAAACGCGGGGCAGGAUUGACAUAGCAAAGUUCCACAUUUGAUCUUUCAACUCGGCGCCUUUCAGUGAAUGUGAAUUUAUGAUGAGUUGAAUUCAUCUUGAAUUCGCCAAAAACCUAGAGCAUUUUAUAUUUCUCGUGAUGAUGCAAAGUCCAGAGUCAAAUCCGAUGAAGAGUGGCGCCAAUGAUGGGUUCCAAAUAAAGAAAACUCACGGGGAAACUUUACUUUCUACAUUUAAGCUUCCUUAAUUAAAUUCUUCGGAAAUCUUGGUAUGCUGUUUCGCCCAUCAUACAUACCAUUUUGCCAUUCGUGUGACUGAUUUGCGCAAUAGUGAACCAAAAUCUCCAUAGCAUAGCACAUUAUGAGUUGCUAAAAAUGUGAAGUAAUGAAAAUUUAUGAAUUUUGAUCACU